AUGGCAUCGGCAGACGGUGAGUCCCCGCGCCCCGAGCGCCACGAACGCGAUGGCGAAUCUGCAGACGAACGCGACGCUGGCGAUCGUCGACAGCAUCGAGAUGGCGAGCGCCCGCGCGAACGCGAGCGCGAGCGCGAUCGCAACCGCACCGACAGCUACCGACCGGCACCCAAGGAGCGCCGCCCUAGUCCGCCGCCCAAGACGGAGGAGGAGAAGCAGGCCAUCGCGAAGGCUGAGUACGAGAAGCUGCUGUCGAUGCGUUCGGGAGGCACCUACAUCCCACCUGCGCGACUGAGGGCGCUGCAGGCCCAAAUCACCGAUAAGAGCUCGAAGGAGUAUCAAAGAUUGAUGUGGGAGGCGCUGAAGAAGAGUAUCAACGGUCUAAUCAACAAGGUCAACUACUCCAACAUUAAACACAUUGUCCCUGAGUUGUUCGGCGAAAACCUCAUCAAGGGUCGCGGCCUAUUCUGCCGAUCCAUCAUGAAGGCGCAGGCAGCAAGUUUGCCAUUCACACCUGUGUUCGCGGCCAUGGUCGCCAUCGUCAACACGAAGCUCCCGGCUGUAGGUGAGCUCCUGGUCAAGCGUCUCAUCAUGUCCUUCCGCAAGGGCUUCAAGCGCAGCGACAAGGCUGUCUGCGUCUCAUCGACAACAUUCUUGGCGCAUCUCAUCAACCAUCAGGUCGCUCACGAGAGACUUGCCGGUCAGAUGCUGCUGCUUCUCCUCCACAAGCCGACCGAUGACAGCGUCGAGAUUGCUGUCAACUUCAUGCGCGAGGUGGGACAACACCUGCAGGAUAUGCAGCCUGCGAUUGCCAUGGCAGUAUGGGACCAGCUGAGGAACGUCUUGCAUGAGGCCGAUAUCGACAAGCGCGUGCAGUACAUGAUAGAAGUUCUGUUCCAAGUUCGGAAAGACAACUUCAAGGACAACCCGCCCAUCAAGGAGGAGCUUGAUCUGGUGGAAGAGGAGGAUCAGAUCACGCACAUGGUCGACCUCGAUGGAGAAAUCGAUGUCCAGGAUGGUCUCAACAUUUUCAAAUACGACCCGCAGUGGGAGGAACACGAGGAGGCUUACAAGAAGUUGAAGGCUGAGAUUUUGGGAGAAGGGAGCGACUACGAGGAUGACGACGACGACGACGAGAGCUCGGAAGAGGACGAGGACGAGGAGGAGAAGGCUAUGGAGAUCAAGGACCAGUCCAACACCGACUUGGUCAACCUGCGACGUACGAUCUACCUGACGGUUAUGUCGUCAAUCGACCCCGAGGAAGCAGUACACAAGCUGCUGCGCGUCAACCUACCGCCAGGCCAAGAACCAGAGCUGCCGUCCAUGGUCGUGGAAAUCUGCUCCCAGGAGAAGACGUACUCCAAGUUCCACGGCUUAAUCGGUGAGCGGUUCGCCAAGCUGAACCGGUUAUGGACCGGGCUUUUCGAGGACUCCUUCAUCGACUAUUACAAUAAGAUCCACCGCUACGAGACAAACAGGCUUCGUAACAUUGCGCGAUUCUUUGCGCAUCUGCUAGCGACUGAUGCCAUUGGCUGGCACGUUCUGUCCGCCAUUCACCUGAACGAAGAGGAGACGACGAGUAGUUCCAGAAUCUUUAUCAAGAUUCUUUUCCAGGACAUUGCCGAGGAGAUUGGCAUGACGAAACUUCAGGCACGCAUGAAGGACGACAUCCUUCAGCCUAGCUUCAUGGGCCUGUUCCCGCGGGACAACGCGAGAAACAUUCGUUUCUCCAUCAACUACUUCACCAGUAUUGGCAUGGGAGCGCUCACCGAGGCAUCACGCGAGUACCUCCAGAACAUGCCCAAGCCAGCCCUUCCUGCGCCGGCGGCGGCCGACGAUUCAGACUCGGAGUCGGUGUCCAGCUACUCCUCGUACACUGGCUCCUCGUACUCUUCGAGAUCGAGGUCAAGAUCGAGGACUCCACGACGUGCCAUCGACCGCCGACACUCGGAAUCCAGAUCCCGCUCACCUCGAGGACGGGGUCGAUCCUACAGCCGCAGCUCAUCCCGAUCCCGCUCUUAUAGUCGUUCAGUUACUCCUCCUCGGAGGGGCAGGCGCGACGCCUCGUUCUCGGCAAGCCCGCCCCGACGACGCGGCCGUUCCGCCAGCUACUCUCGAUCACCGUCUCCAGCCCGAAAUGGCCCGAGAGAUCGCAGUCUGAGCGCGACACCACCCCGUCGGGCUGCCAGAAGAAGCAGCUACUCGGCCAGCAGGUCGCCUCCUCCGAGAAGAGGACGGUCGGGAUCCUAUUCUGCCAGCCCCCCGCCGGCCAGAGGUGCGCCCCGCGGCCGCAGUCCGAAGCAAGAUGUGCGCCGCGGUGCUAAGCGGAACACCUCUUCAGUGAGUAGCGCGCCACGGAAACGUGCCCGCCAGGAUAGCCGGACCCCCAGUCGUUCACCUAGUCGAUCGCCCAGCCGUGGCUCCUCGUACGACUCUCGUUCUCGUUCGCCCGUUGGUCGCCGCGGGCCUAGAGAUAGCCGUUCCCCUCCGCCCCGCGCCCGGGACGCUGGCAGCGCUUCCCCGCCGCCAAGAGCCAGGAACGGCCGUCAGGAUUCGUACUCUAGGUCGCCGAGCCCACCUCCCAGGAGACAGGCUCCGCCCAAUGGAGGUUUGCCAAACGAUAGAGGCAGAGAGGACAUGCGCUCUAGUCCAGUUGGUACGAAGCGAAGGAGACACAGUGACUCGGUAUCAAGGUCACGGAGCCCGCCGCCCGUGAAGAGGGGACGCAGGGGCGAUUAG